AUGGCGGAACCAGCCAACGGAGGAGAGGAAGACGAUGACUACAUGGGGGACCUCUCUCGGUUUCUCUCUCCAGAAACUUCCGGUCCUCUCCCGAAAAAGGUUUCGAAUAGCAAAGCCUCGAUUGUGCAACCCUCUAGGAAAAAACCUAAAGCACUGAAUUGGCAAGAGCAGCGUAAGAUUGAUAGGGAGAGAAAGCAACAGGAAGAGGAUGAGAAAACCCUGGCGAAUAUAGAGGCGCCGAUUCCACAGUCCAACAUAGGAUUUAGGCUUUUGAAGCAAAUGGGGUACACACCAGGUACUGCCCUGGGGAAGGAGGGGGCGGGCCGGGCCGAACCGGUGAAGGUUGAUAUUCGGCGGUCGAGAGCUGGAAUUGGGAGGGAGGAUCCGAGUAAGGAGAAGAGGAAGAGAGAGGAGUUGAGGAGUGUGGAGGAGAAGAGGAAUGAGGAGAGCUUGAUGGAGGAGUUUGGGACGAGGAAGAAGUCGCAGUGGCGGAUUCGGAGAGUGGUGGUUAAUUUUAAUAAGGCCAAGGCGGUUUUGGAGCAGUUGGAGAAUAAGGAGGUUGUGCCGUUGGAGAAGGAGGAUGAUGAGGAAGAGGAGGGCAGAGAGGAAGAGGAAGAGGAACUGAUUACAGAAGAGGAUUUACAAGAUAUAUUGAUGAAACUGAGAGAUGAGCAUCGAUACUGCCUCUUCUGUGGAUGCCAGUAUGAAUCAAUGGAGGAACUAUUAUCCAGCUGCCCUGGAACUAAUGAAGACGAUCACUGAACUUAAAUCCUGAUGUGUGGAGAUGCCCAGAAUGUAUUUCAUGUUUGGCAGGGAAUACCUGCUUGCAAUGAAGGAUUCUUUGUGCUCACAACCAGCUUACUGUGCCUUAAUAUGCAACUCUCCGAGUCAAAAGCCAGUAAGAAGACAAUGAAGUUGCACACAGAGAACUAAUUUCUGCAGGCCUGGAGCUAACCCCUAACCUCAGAGGGAGCUGCCAGCAGGAACGCCUCUGUGAGCAAUGGUUGAGCUGUUGAGUUUUCUCAUAUAAGGGGUGUA